GCCCGAGGCAGAGGAAGGGGCCGCGCGCGCGGGCGGAGGGAGGGGACGCAGCGCGCCUCCGAGGCCGGAGGCGGCGGGGACCGGACGGGAGCGCGCGCGGCGGGGACCCGAGGGGCUCGCAGCGGCCUGGGGAGGCCGCGCGGACAAAGGCGCGGAGGGCUGCGGGCCAUGGCGUCCCAGGCCCCCGCACCCGCCGCCGCCACCGCGGGCGUCCGCGAGAUGCGCCUCGGAACCCGCGGAGCCACCGCUUGCGGGGAGGCCACCUGGAGCCUCUCUCGAUGCUGACAUGGUGACAGUGUGCAGGCAGGCCACAGGCAGCCACAGCCAGAUUGGAACUCUGAGCUACAGAUUGGUCGACAAGGUCAAGGCAGAAGGGCCAAAGGCUGGGGAAGCUUGUAGAAGGCAGCCGCUGCCCUUGGGAAGGAGUCCCCCAAGGAGCCCCCACAGCCUCAUGCUGGAGGCAGGAGUGGACAUGCUCAGCUCCAACAUGAUCAUCAGUGGCCCGGCUGCAGACCUUGGUGCUAAAGAGGCCAGCCGGCCUUCCAAGAAGCAGCUUGGUAGUGUCCAGAAUCCUGGGUCAUCCGCCCGAGCCCAGCCCCAGCCCCUCAGCAUAAAGGACAAGAUAUCCAAGUGGGAAGGCAAGAAGGAGCCUCCUGCGCCUGCGCUUGCGCCUGAGCCUGCCAGGCAAACAGAGGGCCAAGAGAACUCCUUGCCACCCUGCGGGGUAGAGAGGAGAGGCAGCGAGGUCACCAGAACCAGGAACGGAAUGAGGCUGGAAGCAGAGAGCCUGGGAAAUGACGGCAGAAGGACAGCAAGAAGCGUGUGUCAGGACGCAGAACGGUGGCCAGGCCUGAGGCAGAGCGAUGGACAGCCAGAGCCCAGCCAGCAGCGAGGGCUCGAGCUGAAACCCAGUGACUUACGCCUCCAGAGUGAGCAUCUCUCGGUGCUGAAACAGGUCAAGAGACUGGAGAAGGCCUUGAAGGGUGGCUCUGCCGGCCUGGACCUCCAGUUGCCGGGGACUUGUUAUUCCCCCCACUGUCUGCCUGACAAAACAGAGGAGGACCGACCCACUGCUGAGAGCCACGGAAGCGGGGGUACCAAGUGGAGGGCCCACCACUCGGAGGUUUCAGAGGAGUGGAAAGCCCAGGAGAGUGUAUACAGGGGCUCCCGGCAGUGCCCCCCAAAGCCUUUCAUCAACCCCCUUCCCAAGCCCCGCAGAACGUUCAAACAUGCCGGAGAAGGGGACAAGGAUGGGAGUCCAGGGAGCCCGGGCUUUAGGAAAGAGAAGAGAAUCCUGCCUCCCCUGCCCGCUCUGCCUCCCCCUCCCCCACCGCUGCCCUCCUCCCCUCCUCCCACUUCCGUGAGUAGAAGACCAUGGACUGGGAGGCAAAGACCCAGUGCUGACCACAGAAAGUCCUAUGAGUUUGAAGACUUGCUACAGUCUUCCUCUGAGAACAGCGGGGUGGACUGGUACGCACAGACCAAGCUGGGGCUCACGCGCACUUUAUCGGAAGAGAACGUCUACGAAGACAUUCUAGAUCCACCUAUGAAGGAAAAUCCUUACGAGGACAUCGAAUUGCAUGGCCGCUGCCUGGGCAAGAAGUGUGUCCUGACUUUCCCCGGGUCCCCCACCUCUUCCAUCCCGGAAACUUCCACCAAGCCAUCCUUGUCCAAGUCUGCAUUUUUCCGGCAAAAUUCAGAGAGAAGAAACUUCAAACUGCUGGACACUAGGAAGCUGAGUCGGGAUGGAAGCGGGUCCCCUGUGAGAACCAGCCCGCCUUCUACACCUAGCAGCCCAGAUGAAACUUUCUUUAACCUUGGAGACAUACAGAAUGGCAGAAAGAAAAAAAAGAUCCCCAGGCUGGUAUUGCGGAUCAAUGCCAUUUAUGAGGCCCGGAGAGGAAAGAAACGGGUGAAGCGGCUAUCCCAGUCCACGGAGAGCAACUCAGGAAAAGUGACAGAUGAGAACAGUGAGUCUGACAGCGACACUGAGGAGAAGCUGAAAGCUCACAGCCAGCGUCUGGUCAAUGUGAAGUCGCGCCUGAAGCAGGCCCCUCGGUACUCGUCACUUGACCGGGAUCUCAUUGAGUACCAGGAGAGACAGCUCUUGGAGUACUUUGUGGUCGUGUCUUUGCACAGGAAGCAGGCAGGGGCGGCCUAUGUGCCAGAACUCACCCAGCAGUUUCCUCUGAAGUUGGAAAAGUCAUUCAAGUUCAUGAGAGAGGCAGAGGACCAACUGAAAGCUAUUCCCCAGUUCUGCUUCCCCGAUGCCAAGGACUGGGCUCCUGUCCAGGAGUUUACCAGUGAAACAUUCUCGUUUGUCUUAACGGGAGAAGACGGCAGCAGAAGGUUCGGGUAUUGCCGAAGACUGCUGCCUGGAGGCAAAGGGAAGCGGCUUCCAGAAGUUUAUUGCAUUGUCAGCCGCCUGGGAUGCUUCAGCCUCUUCUCAAAGAUCUUGGACGAGGUGGAGAAGAGAAGAGGUAUCUCCCCUGCCCUGGUGCAGCCCCUCAUGAGGAGCGUCAUGGAAGCCCCUUUCCCAGCCCUGGGCAAAACUAUCAUCAUCAAGAACUUCCUGCCAGGAUCAGGGACGGAGGUGAUCGAGCUGUGCCGUCCCCUGGACUCCCGGCUGGAGCAUGUGGAUUUUGAGUCACUGUUCUCCUCCCUCAGUGUCCGGCACCUGGUCAGUGUUUUUGCCUCCCUGCUUCUGGAAAGGAGGGUCAUCUUCAUUGCAGACAAACUCAGCACACUGUCCACAUGCUGCCACGCGAUGGUGGCACUCAUCUACCCCUUCAGCUGGCAGCACACCUACAUCCCAGUGUUACCACCGGCCAUGAUUGACAUAGUGUGCUCACCCACACCCUUCCUCAUCGGGCUGCUCUCCAGCUCGCUGCCACUGCUCAGGGAGCUGCCACUGGAAGAGGUUCUUGUGGUCGAUCUCAUCAAUGACCGCUUCCUCAGACAGAUGGAGGACGAGGAUUCCAUUCUGCCCCGGAAGCUUCAGGUAGCCCUGGAACACAUUCUGGAGCAGAGGAAUGACCUGGCCUGUGACCAGGAUGGAGGCCCGCUGGAGUGCGUGCAUGGCCCUGAGUCCAGCCCCUUGAAUGAGGUGGUAUCAGAAGCCUUUGUCCGAUUCUUUGUGGAGAUUGUGGGCCACUACUCCUUGUUCCUGACCUCGGGCGAGGAGAGGAGCCUGCAGCGAGAGGCCUUCAGAAAAGCUGUCUCCUCUAAGAGCCUGCGACGCUUCCUGGAGGUCUUCAUGGAGACCCAGACUUUCCGUGGCUUCAUCCAGGAGCGGGAACUACGUAGGCAGAAUGCCAAAGGUCUGUUUGAGGUCCGAGCCCAGGAGUACCUGGAAACCUUGCCCAGCGGAGAGCACAGCGGAGUCAAUAAGUUCCUCAAGGGUCUGGGGAAUAAAAUGAAGUUUCUCCACAAGAAAUAACCCUCAUCUUGGCUCAAGGGAAAUCCUCUCCACUGGGACCACACAUUUCUAACAGCUCUGAGAGGCUGUGGGCUGAUGGCUGUCCCCACUUCCUCCCAGGAUGGGGCCUGUGAAUUCGGCAGGUGGCAGAAGCUCAGGAUAGCCCUGGAAGGAACCUGCCACCAUGCAGCUGUUCUUACUGUGGUUGGUUCUGGGGUCUUUAUAUCCUAGCUAUUAAAAGAGAAGGAGAAGAAAGGUGUUUGGGUCUUCCUUCUGUCUUGCCAGGGCUAAGAAAACUCUCUCCUGCCCUACCUCAUCUUUUCUGGGUCAGCCGGUCGUCAGCUAUGGAGCCAGGAGGAGGGAGAAGAUAGGAAGAGUGGCCACCACAGAAGUCAUCUUAGAUGUGGCUGCCCACGAUCCCGGUUAUUCCGGACUGGUCUAUGACGCCACCUGGUGGCAGAGACUGUGGACUUCGCUGUUCUUGACUGGGGGGUUUUUGCUCCUUCAAAGAAAGUCACAUAGAACCGUUCUUGCCCAGACAGCCUGUGGCUUUUAGGGACACAUAAAAAGAGGAAAUCUUGUUCAUUGUUAACAAAAUGUUCUUAGGGUUCUGAAAUGUCUAUUUCCUGUGGCCUAACCAUGGCGUUUCGACCACUGCUGUGAACCUAUUCCUCAUAGCCGACAUAGAUGGGAGAGGCUUCUGAAGUAGUUCUCUCACUGAGAGGGAGGGACUGGAGGGGUCACAGUCAGCUGCCCUGUGGGGGACUGUGGGAGUCUGCAAGAGCCCUGUGGACAGCUCAGGACAGUUCUCAGGCUGGCCUCGGGCGACCACCCCAAUACUCCUGGGCCCCCAGUGGAUGCCACAGUGAGUAACUACUUCUGGAUCACCUGGCCUGGAGUGGGGCAGGAUUAACAGGGGUGUGUGGCUGGCCUUGGGGGAAGCCUGAGUAAGAAUGUGAGCUUGGGGGCUCACACAAGCGCCUCAGUUUAGUUAACUUUACUGAUAGCAAUAUCCUGUGUAUUUUUAUACUGCCUCUAAGUGAUCACUUUUAGUAUUUUGGAAUAUACAUUCUUUUCUAACUUAUUUUCUAUUACACUGUUUUACUUAAGAACUCCAAGUGGAUGAAUAAAUAAAUAAAUAAUAAAUAUCUUUAUCAAUAUUCCUAGUGAGUGUAGAAUAUUUUAUGAAAGUUUUUGUAUUUGACUUAAUCAAAAACAAAAAUAAACUUGGGGAAAUGUGCUAGA